GGGACAUGCUGCUUCUGGGGAGCCCCCCGAGGUGCGCACGGAGGACCUUUCCCCCCGCCCCCAGGAACAAGAGUUGGGCAAGCGUCUCGGUGUCACGUGACAGAUCCCGCGUGACGUGGCGUUUGGAUGACGCACGCGGAAGCGCUGCUGCUGCUGCUCUUGCUACGGUCGGAUGUGAGACUGCGGCUCGCGUCCGACUCUGUUGCGGGAGGAGGCGCCACCAGUGCGCAUGCGGCUCGGAGAUGGAGCUGUUAGCACCAAUGCGAUUGUAUACACUGUCCAAACGACAUUUUGUCCUGGUCUUUGUUGUAUUCUUCAUUUGUUUUGGUUUGACAGUGUUCAUAGGAAUUGCAGGUCCUAGUGUAAUUGAAUCCACUGCAGUAACAGCUAAAUUGAAUAACUUAAAGAUGAGGCCAUUUAAAUUAAAUUCAAAACCGUUGUCUACUUACAAUCAGCAGCUGUGGCUGACGUGUGUGAUUCAGCUGGAUCAGCCUAACGAGUCCAGCUUCAAAACAAAUGUUACUAUGACAGUUAAAAUACGUGGUGUAGAAGAAAAUGGAAGCUCAUCAUUUAUUAAUAACCAAGUUUACAAUCGGACGAGAAUACUGAACUGUGCACAAAAAUGUGCCGAAAUCAUUGUGGUUCACCUUGGCUACCUGACUUACACUCAGUAUGAAGUCAUUGUUGGUUUUGAGGAUCUGAAUAAGCUGAUGUACCCCAUCAAGAAUGUGAAUUUCACAUGGAAAACCUAUAACCCAUCUUUUUCACAAGUGGAAAUCUGGUUCCGAUUUGUCUUUGUAGUUCUUACUUUCAUGGUCACUUGUCUGUUUGCACAUUCCCUCCGGAAAUUUUCCAUGAGGGACUGGGGAAUUGAACAGAAAUGGAUGUCCAUCCUCCUUCCCCUGUUGCUGCUUUACAAUGAUCCAUUUUUCCCCCUCUCAUUUUUGGUGAACAGUUGGUUUCCCGGCAUGCUUGAUGACCUCUUUCAGUCAGUGUUUCUGUGUGCAUUGCUGCUGUUCUGGCUCUGUGUCUACCACGGGAUCCGAGUGCAGGGAGAAAGGAAAUGCUUAACGUUCUAUUUUCCCAAAUUCUUUAUCGUUGGUCUUCUAUGGUUGGCCUGUGUUACAUUAGGAAUAUGGCAAACUGUUAAUGAACUACAUGAUCCAACAUACCAGUACAGGGUUGACACAGGUAAUUUUCAGGGAAUGAAAAUCUUCUUCCUUGUGGUGGCAACUGUAUAUAUCUUGUACCUUUUGUUCCUGAUAGUGAGGGCGUGUUCAGAACUUCGCAACAUGCCUUAUGUUGAUCUCAGGUUAAAAUUCUUGACUGCAUUGACCUUUGUAGUGCUUGUCAUUAGCAUUGUUAUACUUUAUCUACGCUUUGGAGCACGAGUUCUACAGGACGACUUUGUAGCUGAGCUGUCAACUCAUUAUCAGAAUUCAGCAGAAUUCUUAUCAUUCUAUGGUUUACUCAACUUCUAUCUUUACACUUUAGCCUUUGUGUAUUCCCCAUCAAAGAAUGCACUGUAUGAGUCACAGUUGAAAGACAAUCCUGCCUUUUCUAUGCUGAAUGAUUCAGAUGAUGAUGUGAUUUAUGGGAGUGACUAUGAAGAAAUGCCACUUCAGAAUGGUCAAGCCAUUAGAGCCAAGUACAAGGAAGAAUCAGACAGUGAUUGAGUUCAUGUGGAGGAGACUUACUUAUGAGAAUGAAAGUGAUCUUGAGGUUUUUCCUAGAUGACCACGUCCUUGGCUUUCUUAUGAGUCUGCUUUCUACUGAACACUAUCUCCCAAGGAAGGACUUCCUGUUUAUUUCUGUUUACAAAACUGAAGGAAAAAUGGAAAAGCUUGAAAAGAUUGUGGUGGAGGCUUCUAAGAAACCAAAUUCUCUCUUUACACUAGGUUUAGAAAAUGUCACAUACAGGAUUUCUGUGGAGAACAGACUGCUAAAACAAUGAGGCUUUCAGAGUCUGGUUCCAACUAAGAGGGUCACUGAGUAUAUGCUGAUUUAAAAUUGCUUCCUUGCUGUUUGUUUUUAGAGGAUUGUGUACAGCACAUCAUCUUCACUCCUGAUGCAGCUUGUGUUAGCUAUUGUGUACAGUGUCCACUGGUGAGAAAGUGCCUCUCUUUCUUCUUCCCUUCCUCACCCUACCCACCUGAGUUGGAGGUGCGAAAUGGCAGGUAUUUCCAUUGAUUUCUCAGAAAGCACAAACUUUAUUGCUCCUGCUUCAAAGGGGAAGCAUUCACAGUUCAGUGGUCAGCUCUGUAAUUGAUUGGAGUUCAUAAAAUGGAAGUUUUUCAAAUAUCUACAGUUAUGAAUGUGAGACAGGUACAAAUAUUCAAGUUCUGUUGAGGCCUAAAUUUAUAAACAGAAUAAUAUAUUAUAAUCAGUAGUGCAAAAUAAUUUGUAAGGGUUUCUCUUAGAAUGAGCAAAACAAAAUAAGACAAAAAUAAGUUAAAACGUCAAGUUUAAAUAUUUUAAACUGUUGCAAACCUUGGUUUGGAAAUCCAUCAGUGUGUUGGGGGCGGAGGAGGGAGAAAAUGGUUACAUUUCCUACAAAGUGUACAAUAUACAACUUAAUAUUUUUGACAGACACCUUCUUUUAAUUGCUAGAUCCUUUCCUAAAUUAGGAUUUUUCAUGCAGUCUUUUCAUAGCUGUUAAAAAGAAAAGAGUUUAUAUUGUAAGAACAAUCACUUUUGAUGACAUGUUGAACAAAUGUACAAAAGUGUGUUCUUCAGCAUGUUCUGUAGAUAGCUCAACCUCUUCAUCUUUAGACACCCCUAAAUAGCUGUACUUAAAAUGCCUGCUACUUACAAGUAUCUUUUUGACUGUACCUUUUCAGGCUAUGUUAGAACAGUGUGCUACAGAACUUCAGAAUAUUUACUGGAAUAUUGCUGCUCAUGAUAUUUAAAUAUGUGUUUCAAUUUCCCUACCAUGGUAUCCCUUUGUUUUUAAAAGGGAGGCUGUCAAUUUCUAUUUUUUUUUUUUUUUUUUAAAGUUUAGUAUUUUCAGGUAUGCCAGCUAUCCCUGAGUCUUUCUGUGGGUUUUCCUGUGGUUUCACAAUCACCUUUUUUUUCUAUUUCUCUUCCCUGUUGCUAAAUGAAAUACCCACACAAACAAAUGGGGAAAUUGACAACAUAUACAGAACAAAGAGUGAUUUUGAUCUUUUUGCAAAGACCUGUCUACGCUAGGGAAUUGAACUGGUUUAAUCAUAAAUGUUCACUGUGUUCACACUGAACAUGCUGAAUUGCAUUGGGAACCAUUGCAGGUUUGUCUUGCAUUCACAUUAAAACUGUCCUAAACCACUUCAUCUGCAAUAACCUCUGGGUAUCUGUUUCAUGUUCAGGAGCAAUGCAUUCUGGGAGACUUGAGCAGGGUGCUAUGGAAGGACUAGUUGAACUACUACAGCUAGUUGUGUAUUCUCAGUGGCAUUUUAAAUGGUUCUGACAAAAUUAGCAUUUAGUUCAGCGGAAAGCAAGUGGAAUACAAUAUAUAUUUAGCAUGCUUGUGUAAACCAUUUUGUGGCUAUGAAAUUUAACAAACAUACUAAGAAGUUGAAAUGAUACCUAGCACAGCAAAUGUCUCUAGUGUAGACCAAAGCCAAGAGAAGGCCUACUCCUGUCAUGUGCACAAAGUAAAGAAAUAGAACAAAUAGAUUUUUUUCCCUUAGCAUGGUAGGUGUUACUUGUAACAAUAUGUGGAAAAAUUCUGACAGGGUUAAAUUGUCUUUGUAAACUGCAGUAGUUGUUGUACCUUUAACAACUCCUUUUAGCUAACAGACUUUUUUUUUAAUAUAAGGUUGUGUUUUAGAUGCUUUUUUAAUCCAAUGGAAAAACAGACUGGCUUCUCUUUUUCUUAAAUAAGAAAGCAAAAAUAAUCCAGGACUUGCUUGUACUUGAGUUUGACUUUGUAAAGUCAAGCUCAAGAUCCAGUCACUGACAUUCCUGUGCACCUAAAAUUUCCAUGGACUUUCAUGGGAGUCGGGGGUGGGAGGCGGCGACACAAGGAUCAGGCCUUUAUGUUUAUGCAGAUUUUUACUUUUGUGCAUUCAAAGCUUUUUGGCACUUUAAUACUAUUUUAUUCCUGUUGUAAAAGUCAUUUUUUUGAUUUGCUAAAAUAUUUUUCCAUGUAGGAUAUUUGAGUUUUACUAAUGCUGCUUACUAUAAUCCAGAAUGCUUGUGAUACAGUAUAUUAAGUCUGACUAUAAAAUAUGGUUUUGGAUUCCAUUAACUAAAGAAAACAUUUUUUAAAAAAUUCAACUUCAAGAAAUCAUGGUAUUGAGAAUGAAAAAUUUUCCUAGGCUGUUUUUUUCCCCUUUAUUAUUCUUUUUUGUUAUUACAUUGCUCAUUAGAGCAACAAAAAUAAGAAUAGGAUGGGGAAAUGUGCACUUUAAAAAACAAAGUUAUUUAUCUUGUUCAUGAAUUCUUUUGUAUAAAUCCUGCAUUGAACUGCCUUUCCCCAUGCAUAGAGCCCUGUGCAGAUACAAAAUUUGUAUCCACAUCCAAUCUGCAAAAAUGAUCUGUGGAUAUCCGCACCCAGGGAUAUAAAGCAGAUAUCCACAGAUUUGCAGGGCUUUAGAAAUAAAAUUUGGAUCCUCAUCCAUCCAUGAUCUUAAAAAAAAAUCACCCGCAGAUAUAGAUAUCUGCGGAUUUGCUGGGCUCUACUCAUGCAUAUUGUAUUUUAUACUCAAAAAAAAAUGUUACAAUGUAACUUAGCAAGUUUGGCUAAAGCAGCACAGCAUUAAAUUCACUACUUAACUAGUAAAUAGGCAGAAGUAGUAAGGCUGGCUGGAGAAUAGUCUCCCUAGCAAGAGAUCACAUAUUUCAUGCCUUGUGGCAAUGAAUAUUGAAAACUGCACAGAUACACAAUUUGGAACCAAAGAUUAUUCUGAGGAAUUCUCUUGUGGCAACAAGAUGGAUUGUAAAUAUUUUGUGGGGAGUUAUAUUCAUGUGUCUCUGCACAGUGUGUUGUGCUAUUAUGACCCAAGGAUUAAAUGAAAGGUACCUACAUAAGAAAUUCACUUGGCUAGCUGUGUGUUUUCCAGUGGGAAAAGUCAACGAGAGAAGUACAUUUUGAUCAUUACCUGUUAGGUUCACUCCCUCUGGGGCACCUGGCAUUGGCCACUGGCAGUAGACCGGAUACUGGGCUGGAUGAACCUUUGGUCUGACCCAGUAUGGCUGUUCUUAUGUUCUUAUGUUGUAAAUCUGAAUUUUUUUCUUCCCAAAGAACCAGUUAGGUCAAAGUGCACUUGUGCUGGGCUGUUAAAACACAACUAGUAAAAACAUUGGGGUGGGUUUUUAAACCCCCCCCCCCACACACACACACACUUCAGGCUUUCAUGUAAUUAUUCCAGAUUAAACCUUUUCAAGAAUGAUGAUUAGAUUGGAACAUAGGAAAAUGAGUAAUGUAUACAAAAUACAUCCACAAUGUAUUGGCUUACUGCAAAAAUGAGAUGCUCCCUCUUUUAGAACAUGUAGGGUUUUUUACUUUCAAAAAUCCUUCUGGUGCAUUGUGUAGAAGCCAAAUAUCACUGGCCCUGGUGUUACCUACUCAAUUUAGGGCACCCUGCAUAUACCCUAUGGAGGGCUCAAGGUGUGACCUAGUCAGUUGAGGCACCCCCACCCUUUCCCUUCCGAGGGCUCAGGGUGUAAGGUGUAAGGAUAGGUAUCCGUACCCAUGGGCCUCAGGAAGAAAUCUGGUCAAUUUAAGUACCCACCCUUUCCCUCGGGAUUCAGGGCUCUACAGAACCUUUUCCCAGUGAAGGAGCCUUACACAGUUGUGCUUUAAACAUCUAUUAGCAACACACCCAGAGUCCAUAUACCAAGGAAAUCUCUUAUGCUCACCACUUCCAAUAUACAGACAAAUUUCACCCAAUGACCAGUUAGGAUUCAUUCAUCUGGGAGUUCCCUGCGAUGCCUCUGCACAUCAUGGUUGUACAGAGGGGUCAGAGUUCCAGCAGCUUGAUGAACUGCAGUCUGGAAAUGGUUCCCAAAGAGCAUUGUUUGUCAUUUACAUUAUAUAGGUAAAACUAGCUCCCUCCUUCAAAUAUACUAAAACUAUCACAUUAUCCCACACUCCUAAAUAACAAACAUUUUAACCAAUUAUGCACUGACAUCCAUUUGUCCUUCUUGAUGCCCAAGUUCUUUACAUUUUAACUUUCAUGCCCAAAUUGUGAUCUUCUCUAUUUGUGCAGAUGGUCAGAGCUUAUUUUACCAUUUGUUGAGUCUCUUUCUGUAUCCUCCCUAAUUUCCCAGCAACGUUACAACUUGGUUGUAACCAAGUGGUUAUAACUGUUAGGGACACUCUUGAGGUGGGGGUGCUUUCGCAGCAACAGAACAUUCCUUUUUUUCAAGUUUAGUGGUGAACUUCCUGAGUUUCACCCAAGGCUGGUUUAAUAUGUGGGGGUGGGGGUGUUGAUCAGGUCCCGGCCUACACUGGUGAUUCACGUAUUGUUAGCUCCUGAACUCUCAUGCACAUUUUUGCUGUUGUAUUGGCUUUAAGACAUCAUCAGUGUUAAGGUUGGCUGGGAAACUAAUAUCCUGUACUCUUAAGGCCAAGAAUGGGAAGUAUAACCCAGAGGAAUACAUUAGGGAAGAGAAAUCUUUGCUACCUUUGGUUAAGAAUGAAAAUCCUGUUUAACAGAGAGCAUGAACUGCUUUGGGAAGAUUGUUUUGAAAUGAAAGGAUUCUGGACUUGAUCACUUUCUUUAAGCCAAAAGGCAAUUAUUGUAAUGAGAAUUAGAAGCCUGCUUGUUCCCUUUUUGCCAUAUGUUCUGAACAUGCCAGUAACUGCCAUACACUACCCAAAACCCUCAUGCUAUUGUAAAACUUAAUUUUUUAAAGUUUGUAAAUAUAUGUAAAAUGAAGUAAAACUAUGGUAUGCCAAAAUGGUAUAGAAUGUGUAAAAUAAACAUUGUUAAUGAGAAGCUGUAAAUAUGGUGCUGCUUUGAGAAGGUAUGCAUGGGAUGCAUUAGUAUUGUGUUUUGGGGAAACUUGUUAAUAAAUCAUCUAUUUACACUGGAAAUCUUUCUGGUAUAGAAUACAAAGCAAAAUGGAUUGUUUUCCUUCAGCAAAAACUGGGUGCUGAUACAUGGAAGACUUUGUGUAUUAAAUAUGUUAAUAAAUAGUUUUCAUACUAUAUCUUUA